UAAACGUUUUUAAUGAGAAGAUAAAAGGACAAACACAUUUAAUGUCACUUAAAUGUUAAAUGAUUCAUAAGCGUUCACUGGGUCAGUAUUAAGCAAUUCACACUUCACAACUUCACAUUCCCACUCGAACAAAUUAUUAAGCAGGCACAAGUUUGGGAAGAGACAUGGAACAAGCGGUGCAAGCUCACAAGAACUCAAGUAAAACGACAAGCACAGACGCUGAAAAUGUUGAUCCUGUUACAACAAACAUCUCAUCUGGGAAAGGAUUUCUACAUUCUCUAUGGUCAGAGAUGAAAGAAAUGGUUCCUAAUCUCCGUUUUGCUAUCUUGUCUUGGGCUGCUCUGACCCAAGGUCUUCACUUGGGACCCGCGAAGAGAGCUGCCACAUUGGGUUUCCAAGCUGGAAACAUUUCAGACACCGAUCGGAAUUAUGUACAAGCACUUUUCACAUUAUUUCCGGAGAUGGUAGAUAUGGCCACCUUCAUUGGGUGUUUUAUUCUAGGGGUGAUCCUGUUCUGGCGUGAGCGUCCUGGAGAACGAUGUGUUCUUAUGCCCAUAAUCAUGUAUUCGCUGCUAUAUUAUUUCGCUGAUCUAGCAAGCAAGACUUCUGGGAUUGCGGUAAAUUGCAAGACAUUCAAGAUGCCGGCCAUAUGGUUUGUUGCCGUAGGGGGUGUUUGCGUCUCCUUUGUAAUCUGUUUGAAUAGUUUGGUGGUGGUCUAUGCUACAUGGCUAUACAAAUACAUUAACAGGAGAAUUCAAAUGGUAAGUUAGUCUUGCAUCUUCCAAUCUUCACAAACCAGGGAUGCAAAGUUAUGAUGUACUUAUUGUUAUUUAUCUAGACUCAAAAUAUAAGUGAAUCACUGUGUCUUUUGCAUAGGAUGCUUGAGACUUUCACUACGCAAAAACAUAGCUGAAUGAAGAAACAUAUGGUACUUCGGCUUCCAAUUUGUAUUUGUCACAUGACUUUACUGUCGUGUUGUUUGUGAGUAAUGAUAGGUGUUAAGUAUUUAGAAUGAGAUUCGAAUGUUCAAAAACAAGUUAUUUUGGUUUAA